UAAAAGGCCUGGAAAAUUGGGUUCAGCCUCUUUAGUUCACACUUGCUAUGCAUAAAGGCUGAUGAGAAGAAGGCAGAGAAGCUCACCUGAGGAAACCUACUUCAUCCAGAGGUUCUCAGUCUGCUCGUGAAUAUGUUGGUUCACUUCUGGCUUCUCUGUGGUCUGAGCGCUGUUGUGACUCCUCAGGAUGUCACACAGGAAGCCCAAACAUUUCUGGCAGAGUUCAAUGUGAGAGCAGAAGACAUCAGCUAUGAAAACUCACUUGCCUCAUGGGACUACAACACCAACAUAACUGAGGAGACAGCCAGGAAGAUGAGUGAGGCGGGCGCCAAGUGGGCAGCAUUUUAUGAGGAGGCCUCCAGGAACGCUAGCCGCUUCUCACUAGCUGACAUCCAGGAUGCUGCCACCAGGCUCCAGAUCCAGUCUCUGCAAGACAGGGGAUCCUCUGUGCUGUCACCGGAAAAAUACAGCAGGCUGAACUCUGUGAUGAACUCAAUGAGCACCAUCUACAGCACUGGGAUCGUCUGCAAAGCCACUGAACCGUUCGACUGUUUGGUGCUGGAGCCAGGUCUGGAUGAUAUUAUGGCCAAUAGCAUAGAUUAUCAUGAGCGACUGUGGGCCUGGGAAGGCUGGAGAGCUGAUAUUGGCAGGAUGAUGAGACCAUUAUAUGAAGAGUAUGUUGAACUUAAAAAUGAGGCUGCAAGGCUUAAUAAUUAUUCUGACUAUGGAGACUACUGGAGAGCAAAUUAUGAAACAGAUUAUCCAGAAGAGUAUAAAUACAGCCGUGACCAGCUGGUUCAAGAUGUGGAGAAGACAUUUGAGCAGAUAAAACCUCUGUACCAGCAGCUGCAUGCCUAUGUGAGGCACCGUUUGGAGCAAGUCUACGGCUCUGAGCUCAUCAACCCCACUGGAUGCCUCCCUGCACAUUUGCUGGGUGAUAUGUGGGGUAGAUUUUGGACAAAUCUGUAUAACUUGACCGUUCCCUAUCCAGACAAACCAAACAUUGAUGUAACUUCGGCUAUGGUUCAAAAGAACUGGGAUGCACUGAAAAUAUUCAAAACCGCUGAGGCUUUUUUCGUCUCUAUUGGCCUUUACAACAUGACUGCAGGCUUCUGGACAAAUUCCAUGCUCACAGAGCCCACCGACAACAGGAAGGUUGUCUGCCAUCCUACAGCAUGGGAUAUGGGAAAGAAUGACUACAGGAUCAAGAUGUGCACCAAGGUGACAAUGGAUGACUUCCUGACAGCGCACCAUGAGAUGGGGCACAUUGAGUACGACAUGGCAUAUUCCGUGCAGCCCUUCCUGUUGCGAGAUGGAGCCAAUGAGGGCUUCCAUGAAGCAGUAGGAGAAAUCAUGUCGCUCUCCGCAGCAACACUACAGCAUCUGAAAUCUCUCGACCUCCUUGAGCCAACUUUCCAAGAGGAUGAAGAAACUGAAAUCAACUUUCUGCUCAAACAAGCACUAACGAUUGUUGGAACAAUGCCUUUUACUUACAUGCUGGAGAAGUGGAGAUGGAUGGUGUUUAAUGGUGAGAUUACAAAGCAGGAAUGGACGAAGCGGUGGUGGGAGAUGAAGAGAGAAAUAGUUGGUGUUGUCGAACCAGUCCCUCAUGAUGAGACGUACUGUGACCCCGCUGCACUGUUUCAUGUAGCUAACGAUUACUCAUUCAUAAGGUAUUAUACCCGGACAAUUUAUCAGUUCCAGUUUCAGGAGGCACUUUGCAAGGCAGCCAACCAUAUUGGCCCUCUUCACAAAUGUGACAUCACCAAUUCUACAGCAGCUGGUGAGAAUUUGAGGGGCGGCCUCUUCUGGAAUUGGGCCUCGGUUCUCCAUGGGCAUCCCAAGGCCCUUCCCCUUCUUCCUGGAUGCGAUGGGGAAGCCCGGCGCGGGGCCUCAACCCCGUCCUCACCUCAGCUUCCCCAGAGGGGACUCGGGCAGCAACAUGGGCGCCGCCAUCUUGCCUUACCGACGGGAUGUCACGUGACCCCGCGACGGAAGGGCGCAAAAUCCCUUCCGGUACCCGAGCGGCUGUGGUUGGUGCGCGCCGCGUGCCCAUUAGCCGCAGUUGUGGGCGGAGAUGCACAGAAUGCUUUCAAAGUACGGCUUAGUAUCAAAACAGCUUUGGGAGAUAAUGCAUAUGCCUGGGAUGCGAAUGAAGAGUACCUCUUCAAGGCAAUGAUGGCUUUUGCAAUGAGAAGAUACUCCAGCAAGAGCACAACUCACACUGGCUGGCAAGAGGCAUCUAGGUACAGAGAAGAGAGCGUGGUCCAUCUCCAACCCCUUUGCAGUGGGAAUGGCAGUAGGGGGGCACUCAUCAUCCAGGAGGGAAUAGCAGCUUGCAGAGUGCACUGGAGCAGCACUCUACUAAACAUUUCAAUAAUUUCUGUUUCAACCAUCUGCAGAAUUUCCAACGUGCUGCUUUGCAAUGUGACGGAUCGGGUGUCAUUUUGGUUUGUGGUCACAGAUUCCUCCAAAAACACGACAACUGUUCCGGGAAGUGAGGUAGAGGCAGCCAUCAGGAUGAACCGGGACAGAAUCAACAGCGCCUUCCUACUGAGUGACAAAACACUGCAGUUCCUGAAGAUAUCCACAACCUUAUCACCUCCUGUUGAGCCCUCCACACCUGUCUGGCUUAUUGUAUUUGGUGUUGUUCUUUCUCUCAUUGUGGCUGGAAUUGUUUUCCUCGUUGUUUCAGGGAUUCGGAAACACAAGAAGUAAGCAGCUUAGCUUUUC